GCCUUGCCUCCACCACCUACAUGGAAGUAAUGGAAUGGAUGAAGCAGGAGGAGCGUCUUGGGCACCCUGUGGACAUCUUAUGCCUGCAGGAGACCUCGUGGCGCGAAGACAAUGAGUAUGUCACAGGAGGCGACAGCCCCGCUGCGCGUUGGUUUGCUGUGCACAGCGGCAGCAAAGAGAAGGCGGGCAUCUUGGUCCUCAUCAGGGCCAAUCUUGUGCAGGCGGAUCUGAUCAGACAUACCGUGCUCGUUGCAGGUAUCUCAACUCCUACAGCAACGCGCAACGGUGUGGAGGGCUAUGUCCAAGUGGAUCUCUCGGGUGUUGUCCCUAGAGAGGAGUUCCAACAGCAGGACCAAGCGGAGCUUCAACAGCUACUCCGACAGGCUGACGGCCGUGUGCUCAAUUCCUGGUCGCAUCAAG